GUACUGCUGGGCAUCCCUGAAAUAGGAGUAGGAGGGUCUGUCAAACUCAAAAAAGCAAGGAAAGGGAGAGAAAAAAAAAAUCCCUCAGAGAGUGUUUGCCUUGUGUUUUUUCCAGCAAGUAGAUCCAGAGCUCAUCUGAAAUGUAUUAAAACCCUGGAAGAGAAGGAUCCUCUGUAAUCUAGCCGUGCUGCCGCUCCACAGAGGGCUCCUAUUUACUGCUGGAGGUACACCCAUACAUGUAGGAGCAGCUCCUGCAAGACGGACUCUUGUGUGUUUGAGUCAAAAUAUUUUCCAGGCUCCUGAGGGCGAGACCGCAGAGAUCAAGGUGCUUUAGGAAGAAUCUACAUCGACUUGGAGCUAAAAGUUGUCAGCGUUGGUACCACUUUCCAGGGAAAACCCUAUCAUCGCUGCAUACAAAAGCCAUCUCAAGGACAAAGCGAGCACCCUUCACAUAAAUACAGGAAACACCUGAAGGCUUUCCCUGGUCUACAUACAGGAAUUGCAGGUCCAAACAACAAGCAUCCUUGACGCUGAUUUCUAUAGCAAAAUUAUCUCAUUAGUCAUCAAACAUGUCACGCUGGGGGCGUAAAAAUGUAAAGAAGGCGCCUGAGGUGAUUCGCACUGUGACGGAGGGGCUGAAGUCUUUGUACCGUAAGAAGCUGCUGCCUCUGGAGCAGUACUAUGGUUUCCAUGACUUCCACUCCCUCAGUCUGGAAGAUGCAGACUUUGACAACAAGCCCAUGGUUCUGGUCGUGGGACAGUACUCCACUGGAAAGACAACAUUCAUCAAGUAUCUACUGGAGCAGGACAUUCCUGGGAGCAGGGUGGGUCCUGAACCCACCACUGACUGCUUUACUGCUAUCAUGCAUGGAGAGGUGGAGGGUGUUAUUCCUGGGAAUGCCCUCAUCGUAGACCCCAACAAGCCAUUUCGUAAACUCAACCCGUUUGGAAACACUUUCCUCAACAGAUUUCAGUGUGCCCAGAUGCCCAACCAGGUCCUGGAGAGCAUCAGCAUCAUCGACACACCGGGGAUCCUGUCCGGCGCCAAGCAGAGAGUAAGCCGAGGUGAGAGGGGACACAAAGGUUAUGACUUCCCUGCUGUGCUGCGCUGGUUUGCAGAGCGUGUAGACCGCAUCAUCCUGCUGUUUGAUGCCCACAAACUGGAGAUCUCUGAUGAGUUCUCUGAGGCCAUCGGGGCUCUGAAGGGCAACGAGGACAAGCUGCGGGUGGUGCUCAACAAAGCUGACAUGGUGGGCACCCAGCAGCUGAUGAGAGUGUACGGAGCGCUCAUGUGGUCCCUGGGGAAGGUGUUCGGCACCCCAGAGGUUCUGCGCGUCUACAUUGGCUCCUUCUGGUCAGAACCACUGCUGGUCCCUGAUAACCGUAAGCUGUUUGAGCUGGAGGAGGAGGAUCUGUUCGCUGACAUCCAAAACCUCCCUCGCAAUGCGGCUCUACGCAAGCUCAACGACCUGGUCAAGAGGGCGCGUCUGGUCAGGGUUCAUGCCCACAUCAUCAGUUACCUGAAGCAGGAGAUGCCAUCCGUCUUCAGGAAGGACAAUAAGAAGAAGAAUCUCAUCUAUCAGCUGCCAGUCAUUUUCACAAAGAUCCAGCUGCAGCACAACAUUUCUGCCGGGGAUUUCCCAGAUUGUGCUAAGAUGCAGGAACAACUGAUGGCUCAUGAUUUCACCAAGUUCAAAACUCUCAAGCCAAACCUGAUGGUGGCCCUGGACGAGCUGCUUUCCUCUGACAUUGCCAAACUGAUGCCCCUGCUGCGCCAGGAGGAGCUGGAGGCAGGAGAUCAACCCGGUGUGCAGGGCGGAGCCUUCCUGGGGACCCGGGUUGGGCCCUUCACAGAAGGCGACCCGUUUGCUGAGGAGAACGGAGAGGGAUGCGAGGAGGAGGAGGACUGGGUGGUGACGAAAGACAAGCCCAAGUAUGAUGAGAUCUUCUACAACCUUGCUCCCAAUGAGGGCAAGCUGAGCGGCACCAAGGCCAAGGACUGGAUGGUGAGCACCCGCCUGCCCAACUCUGUGCUGGGUCGCAUCUGGAAGCUGUCAGAUGUGGACCGUGACGGCAUGCUGGAUGAUGAGGAAUUUGCCCUGGCGAGCCAUCUGAUUGAGGUGAAGCUGGAGGGCCAUGGAUUGCCUCCUGAGCUGCCCACCCGUCUGAUCCCGCCCUCCAAACGCAGGCAGAAGGGCUCUGACGCCUAGACGCACCCCAGAGGGUCAGAGGAUUCUUCUCCUAUAGCUGGCACUCUCUUGUUACUCUUUGUAUUCACUCUCACUUCCUCAACUUCCUCUACAUUACUGUGCAAACGUUUGAAACCACCCCUUUUUUCUAAGAUGCAUCUUCUAAAAGUUCAGAGUUUCUUUUUAUCUUUUAAAGUGAAUUUAAUCAGUUUCUUGUCUUGCUUUUUAAAGUAGUUCACAUGUGACCAUAACAGCAUGCACUGCAUCGUUUGUGCAAGAAAAAAAAACUGGAAUAAAAGGAAAGAGUGCAAGAACUAACUAAAAAAAGAUAUUAAAGCAGAGAAACGGCAUCUUAAAAUAUGUUUUCAUUUUAUUUUGAUUCUGGCGUGGUUUGGAUCUAUAUGACAGGUUCAGAGACCUGGUGGGGAACACCCUGAAUCUUAGUCCGACCAUUUUUUUAAAAUGACUGCUUGGUAGCAAAAUAUAAAUAAAUUGGUGUCUAAAACAUUUGCACAGUAAUGUAUAAUUUCCCUUAAAUUGACUGUACUCUUUCCCAGCUGAAGCGAUCUUAUUUAAGCUUGACGUUACCCAGACUUCCUACAAGCGACCAAGUUAUGGAGCUUUCUCUCUUUGGCUUGGAAAAUUUCUUUUUUUUUAUGAUGAGCUUUUAAAAAUGCGUCUGUUAUGACAGAUGAGUGGGCUCUUAUCAGAAAAGAAAUGUUAAUAUAAUCCUUACAUGUAGCGGGCACCUUCUGUAGUAGGAAUUUUAGUUGAAAGUAAUUUUUUCUUUACAUCUCUUUUUCUUCACGUCUUCUCAGGCCUGACCAGCUUAGCUCACUGGAUUGUUUAUAGUAUUUUCAAUACAAAGAAGCAGCUCAUGUCUAAUACCGUUUUGAUCCCUUCCAUGGUUUUAUGCAAAAUGUAUGUAUUUUUUUAUCUUAACUGUUGCUUUUCAUGUUAAUGUGCAGGAGCAAGUUGCAUAUAAGAACAUUACAUGCUGAGAUAAAGACUGAAAGACUGAUAAAUAACUGACUACUGUACACUGCUCCACAAAUUCUUUGUAUGGUAACUAUUAAUGCAAACAAUUAAAGUUCUGCAACUGUGA